AUGUCCAGCGAACAGGAGCAAACAGAAGGUUUUUCCCGCUCAACAGAUACGACCCAACCGGUUCAUGGUGGUGGCAACUCGGCAUCUGUCGACCAGGUUUUUUCAAUGUUUAAAGAUUACCUGGAGAAGAAAUUGGAGGUUAAAACCAAGCAGAUCGAGGGUUGUGUCCUCGUGUACCGGUACACAAAGGAACGAAACAUUAACGAACUGCGUCACAACUCCAUGUAUGGAUAUGAAAACAAUAGGAAUUCCCCCGUGUACCGGUACACCAGGACAGCCCCAGAUCGAGCAAAAGAGCAGAAUAGACAAAGAAGUCGUGCAAUUGAAAUACAAGGGCAACCAGAAGCAGUACGAGCUCAAUGCAGAAUUGGAUUCCAUCAUUGAAAGCAUAGAAACCGAGUCAGAGCGCAGCGAACCAAAUUUACCGCUGAUUAAGAAGUAUUCUCAAGAGGCCAGGGAGCUUAUUCGUAAACGGCAAAAGCUAAUAAAAAUUGCCGACAGGAGCAAGGACGGUUGGCAAGUUUUGGCAGAGUACGAAUCCGAUGAGUUGGCGUCCGACUCCGAAGAUGAGAAACGGCUCAAAAAGGCUAGAGAAACGGCGAGUCGAAAGAGACGACAAAAGGACCAACUCACAAGCGGGAGCGGAAAGAAAGCAAGAGCUGCUGUGGGUUCUGAUAAUCAGCUUUUUCGUGGUAAGAAAAAUUGCCUACACUUUACUUUGUGA